AUGUCUUUAUUUCCCGCAUAUUCUUCCUCAGCAACCAAUUCAUCGGUGGUUAAGACCGAAGACAAGAGUGCCAUCAAAACUAGUGGUGAUAACAAGGAUUGGCUUUCGUUGAGUAGUUUUGAUGACAAGAAAGUGAUUGAAUUGAAUAAAGAGAUAAUUGUGGACAACAAGAGGUCUGAUGACAGACACAAACACAGCUCAAGACAUAGUAAGAGAUCAUCAAAGAGUGACGAGAGAUCAAAGUCGAGAUCAAGUGAUAAAAGACAUGAAAGACAUGACUCGCCGCCGAAGACUAGUUCCCAAAGUUUGUCGCAAUUCUUGUCAAACAAGACAUUCAUCGAAGAGACGGGUCUUUCGCCGCAAAACGCGUACAGAAUUGACACCAAAAGAGACAAAAAUAAUUUGGCGUUUAAUUCAUUGUAUUAUAAAAAUGUCGCGAUUUAUGAGAAAAACAAAACCAUUAAUAUAUCGAAGAGGAAGAGGGAUCCAAAGGACGAUUCGGCCAAAAGCCGGAAGAAUAAGAAAAUGAGAUAUUUUUCUCACGAAAAUCGAGUGCUCCUGAAGAAGGGUUUGCAGGAAAUGACAGAUUUGUCGAAACCAGAGAUGAGACCAAUGAGAGAGCCCUUAGAGUUCAUUGCAAUCAAUGCUAACCAACCGUUCAGUCAGUUAUUGAGUGCCACAACUCAGUCGACGAAUAAUCCGUUGGGAGUCUACGACGCGAAGACUGCCCUCUGGUCUGAAGGAAAGGGAUCUUUGGAUGAAAUACCGCUUCCGGAGACGACAAUCACAUUCCAGUCAAUGAAAGACAAGAGUCUUAAGAAUGAACCAAUGAUUGGUGUGAAUCGAUGUCCAACUCGUGAGCAAUACAUCUACGAUAAGACACAAGAAAUGAACGCAUAUUUGAGAGACAAUGAGACGGAUGUCGAGAAAUGGCUUCAAUUGAUUGCAUUUCAAGACAAAUGCGUUGAGACAACGGACUCAGAUAAAGACAAAAUCGAUGGCAAGACUUUCGAUGUGUUUAUCGCUGAGAAAAAACUCGCGAUUUGUGAGAAAGCGUUGACUUUUAAUCCAAAAUCAAUUGAUCUCUUGUUAUGUCGUCUGGAAAUUGUGUCCAAUAUUUGGGAAUCCGAUAAAGUGUUCAAAGAGUGGAAGCGUUUAGUCUUUUUAUAUCCAAAUUCAAUGCAAAUGUGGAGAAAAUAUCUGCUAUUUUCACACCAAAACAUAACUCAAUUCAAAGCAUCGAAAACAUUGAAAAUCUAUGAAAAAUGCGUUCAAAUGUUGUCCAAAAUGUUGGAAAAGACUUUCAUUAGUCACACUCCGCCCGAAGACUUGGAAAUACAGUUGCUUUCAAUUCUGAGCUCUUAUUCGCGUUUUCUGUUAAGUAUUGGACAGACAGAGAGAGCCGUCUCGACAUUCCAGGCGUUAAUUGAAUUCAAUUUAUUUACUCCGAGUUUAUUAACCCUUGAUAUGUCUGUUGAGGAUUGGAAGACAUUGUUUGAACCCUUUUGGGACAGCAGUUGUCCCCGUUUUGGCCAAAAGGGAGCCAUUGGUUGGUCUCAAGUGAUGCUUAAGAAGAAUAUGACGAACACUACUGAAGAAAUGGAUUCUCAAAUCCAGUCUCUCAUGGAUUCCGAAGAGAACAAAAUAAUUGCAGUUUUGGCCAAAAGGGAGCCAUUGGUUGGUCUCAAGUGA